GCACCUCAAGCUUGUUCCUGUGUGGAUCUGCACUUCACAUUUUUGCGGGCACAGCAGUCGAUCCUACGUUUGUGAAUCGGCUGCAGUUUGACCUGGACUUCCACUCAAAUUGUUUGUGCUGCUAUUUCUUGCAAACUCUGUUUCUAGAAAUUCAGUAUGGAGAAAGCACCCUGUGAAGCACCUCCCAUGGAAUUUCAGAGGUGAAGAAACCUUAGCCUGAAACUUUUGCAGCUCCCUGCUUGUCUUAGGGAGGAAAUACAACCUGGUCAAUGUUGGGAAACAGCAGUGGCAGGAGCCCCAAUUGCACAGACUGGAGCCAGGCCUCUGUUGGGGACGUCUGCAAGCUGUUCCUCAUGGUCCUCCUGGUGGUGGUCAUUAGCCUUGGCAAUCUGGUGAGCCUCCUGGUUUUCUUCCGUGUCAGGCAAUUCAGAACCUCCCAAGGCUACCUGAAGGCCUCCUUGGCUGUAGCUGACUUGGCAGUGGGGCUCAUUGUCGUGCCUUACUCUGUUUACAGGGAGGUGAACAGGUUGACCUGGGGGAUGGAACCAGAGACGGAUAAAUAUGAGAAGCCUGCCUGCUUCAUCACUGGGCCCAUCUUUGCAGGCUGCACCUUUGUCUCGAUCAGCACCAUCUUUCUGCUCUCGGUCGAGAGGAGUGUAGCUGUGCUGAAGCCUCUGCACAGGAAAGCAGUGAUCACCAAGCGCAGGACUAUUUGGCUCAUUGUGGCCUCUUGGGCCAUGAGCUGCUGCUUGGCAGUGGUGCCCUUGCUCGCCAGCCCUGAUAUCACCUUCCAGUACAAUGCCUGCAGCAAGAUGUGCAACUAUGCCUUUCCAACAGACAAGCCGCCCAAAUCCCAUUGGAAUAUCAUGCUACUGUACCCGGUCUUUGAUUUCUCAGUUUUAAGCGGGACCUUUGCGAUCAAUGCCAUCACCUUUGCAGCCGUCCACCAAUACUGCAAGAAACGGAAGCAACUGGGAGAAGAGGCACAGGGCGGUAGCAACCAGGUCUCUUUCUCAGACAUUACCGCUGCCAAGACCAUUGGCAUUCUGACUUUUGCUUUCUCUGUUUCCUUCCUCCCUGUUGCGGUAUUUGUUGUGGGGUCAGUGGUGGGAUACCAGUGGUGCAAGUUCUCCUUUUAUGCCUUCUGGAUCCUCACUUCCAACAGCUGUUGGAACGUGGCCAUCUACAGUGUUUGGGAUCCCAAGUUCCGUCAGGGGGUUCGGGAGCUCUUCAACAAGCCGGUGCUGAUAUCGACUUCUCAGGAUGCCGCCUGCUCACAGGAGGAGCACAGCUCUGCCCCUGCCUGUGUGGCAGUCCUCAAGAAGAUGUUCCGCCCAGAGAGCAACCGAUAGCACAGUUGGCGUCUGCCAUUUUGUUUAGGGUGGCUGUUGUGUUGGGAUGUGCAGUCUUUGUGGACAGGGCUGGCCAGAGAUAUUUUGCUGCCUGAGGUAAAGGACAAGAUGGCCCCCUUAUUUCCAUGUAUGGAAUUGAGAAUUGAACAUUGGCUCAUUUAAGGAGUGUAGGAUGGAUUACACAGCCUACACAUCUCUGCCUCCAAUGUGUCACUGUCACCUUCUGUCCCACAGAAUCUGCUGCCUGAAGUGGCCACCUCACUCUCCCUAAUGAUGGAGCUGGUCCUGUUAUCUUUUAGAAAUGUGCACUUCUCUUGAAGUGCCAGACGUUUGCUUGCAUGCGUUGGAUCGCAACCUUCUGGAUUUCAUAGAAUAAAUGCAGCAUGGAUUUA